GGCUGCGAAAAGAUGAAGGAAGGAGAGAGUUAUAGUCUCAGCAUUUUGGGAAGUUACAAACGACAAACUUCCCUUUCCUUGGACACUAUUGAUAUUGUAUAAAUUCGCCUGAUGCUAGGCUUAUUUGCUAUUACACGAGCUCGAGUUAAAUAGGAAUUACUCACUGGAACAUAAGGCUCUUCAAUCUGGUAGCAUGACUCAUAUGAAAUUGUCAUUGCUGAUCACCAUUACAACCCUUGCGGUAGCUAUAUUUGCUCAUGUAGAAGACAAGAGAAAAUGCUCUAACUGUGAGAACUGCUGCAAUAAUAAUGGAUGUGUAUCUGGUGAUAUGCAUGUGGAGGAGCAAAGCAGAGGAAUCAUCCGCGUAUCAGAGCUGUCCAAUGGAGACUUCAUUCGAGGAAUUUCCGGAGCUGAUCGUAAGCCUGGUUGGUGCAGAGUUGAAGCCGUAUAUCCAUCUUCAUACGAUAACGUAAUUACAUAUGAGGGUUUCACAGCAAAUCACAUGGUGGUUGAUGAUGACUCAGUACACCAAUUUGGAAAGAAGGGCAACGCGACAGAAAACAUACCAUUUAAGCUGGCCACAGAAUGCGAUGCAGCCUUGAAUGCAGCUGGUCAGGUGUUUACACCCAUUAGCACCGCAUUCUGUCCUCAUGAUCUGGGUUGGAGCGAGUACCUGACUUUGAUGGCCGCUAUUCGACGCGUCACAGAUCGCACUGGGUUUUUCUGGUUUUUCAGUGAUGCCUUCCAUGACAACAAAACAGCCCAUAUUCCACAUUGGAUGGACAUGCUGCAUGAAAUGUGCCUGGAGCUCCUGAGCUGCGCCCGUGAUGGAAAAUGCCAGCAGUUUGAGAACGUGAUGGCCAAGUUCGUCCGAGAGCACGUGAACAAGAAGUACGUGGGCAUUGUGGACGUCGUGUUUCCCAACAUGGGUGGUGAUGUGAGCAAAGAGGAAGCUGGAACUAUCGCAGAAACUGUUCGACCUAAGGAAACGAGAAGCAUUAUGCUCAUUUCUGCUGUCGGCAGCGCCAUAGUUGGAUUCAUGCUCGUCCUCCUUGUUGCAGCCAUAUUGUACCGCAAAAAGUACCGCUCAGGGAACAAGAAAAUGCAGGAGCUGCAAGCCAACCACCCACAAGUCAGCUCUGACAUUGGAAAGGCUUAGACUGGAUUUUUGUCAUCUGUGGCAUGUGACCGGCAAGUUCAACAGCGAUAUUUAAAAGUGUUAGUGUUUUAGUGAUUAGUUAAAGUAACGCAGUUGUCAGUGAACUCUUUCGCUCAUAAAGAGUAGCAAGUGGAUCGAAGUUAGCCAUUUCCUUGCAUGGGUUUUUAGGUUUUUUACUUAUGCUGUGUGAAGACUAUUUGUGUGACGUCUUGUACCGUUUAUAUUUAAGGAAGGAUGAUAUACAAUUGACGAAAGUGUUUUCAGCUUUUUAACAAUAUUUAGUGUAAAUACCUUUCUUUAAGCGUUUUCGGAUAACUUAAUUGCGUCCUAUUUACUCGUUUAUCUGAGCCAAACAUUAUAUUAUCUUUGUUUGAUUUCGACGUGUAGAUUUUUGGAUACUUUUGUAAGAGGUUAACUCAAUUAUGUUAUUGUGAAGUUCUUUUGAAUACUUUGUUCAUUGUAUAGAAUAAACUGCUUUCAACACAA